AGUUAUCAACCAUUUGAGUAAACGCUGGAUUCAAGUGCUGAGUGGUGGUUAACAGUCUGGCGAUAGUAGCAAAACAAGAUAAGAACUUCGCUAGGCAUAUUGCCUUCUCUCUUCUAUGCAAUAUUGAUUUUACUCGUCGGACAUCAACAUGCAUCAGAAAACAUAACUUUUACUGAGUUUCUCAUCAGGACGCAGCGCAUUGCUCUUUUCCAAACGGAUAUCUUACAACGGUGUGAUGAAGCACUGAGAUUUUACACCAUAAGUACUUUGUACCAACAUGUCUAAACCAAUGGAUCACGUAAAACGACCGAUGAAUGCCUUCAUGGUUUGGUCCAGAGCGCAGAGAAGAAAAAUGGCUCAGGAGAACCCAAAAAUGCACAACUCCGAAAUCAGCAAAAGAUUGGGAGCGGAGUGGAAACUUCUCACUGAGUCGGAGAAAAGGCCAUUCAUUGACGAAGCUAAACGACUGAGAGCCAUGCACAUGAAGGAGCACCCUGACUAUAAAUACAGACCUAGGCGAAAGCCAAAGACUCUGAUGAAAAAAGACAAGUUUGCCUUCCCAGUGCCCUACAAUCUUGGGGAGCACGACGCGCUUAAAGUUAGCGGUUUAUCUCAUGGAGCACUUUCCGAACACCUAUUAGGGAACCCCGACAAGGCGGCAGCGGCGGCCGCAGCAGCGAGAGUCUUUUUCAACCCGUCCAUGUCCACGAACCCCUAUUCGUUUUUUGAGCUCGGAUCGAAGAUGUCAGAGCUAUCCUCGCCCUCGUUUCCUUACCCAUCUCUGGGCUACCCUGGUGGCACGGCUUUCUCUGGAACUGGCGGUGUCGGUGGAACUCACACCCACACUCACUCUCAUCCAGCCCCGGGCAACCCAGGCUACAUGAUCCCCUGUAACUGUACGGGCUGGCCCUCUGCGGGUCUCCAGACACCGUUAGCCUACAUCCUACUCCCCGGGAUGGGCAAACCUCAACUUGACUACCCUGCAUAUGCAGCGGCAUUAUGAUAGCCUAUUGGACUUAGAAGAAGUUUAAAUGUGAAAAAAUAUUCAUGCAAGAGUUUAUUAUGCAUGCACAAACUUGUACAUGUGAUAAAGUGCUCGUCGUCUCAGAUAUCACAUGUGUAUGUAUAUUGAUUAAUGCCUUUAUCUAAGGUAGGGCCUAAUGCUUAUUUAGAGAACUCACGAAACUAAUAUUCAUCUGUCAAAUCCCAGAGGGACAGAACAAAAGGAUUGCAGGAAUACAGAGAGCAAAGGGCCCUUGUCAAUGUGAAUUCUAAUUUGAAAGGCACCAUGUCUGUUGCUAAAGCACCUGCUUUACUGGCUUGUUAUCAAGUAGGCAGUUUACUACAUCACACAACAAAUCAGAUAUAAACAUGAACUGGUCAUACUUAUCUUCAUAUAUUUUAUCUGAUAAUUAAAUAUUGUUUAAGAAAUAUAAAUCACUUGCUUUUAUAUGAUUUAUAUUGUUGGUCAAGAAGGUUUGUUCAUUUCUUGUGCUUCUGGCUACGCUCGUGUUGCUUUAUUGUUUCAAUCAGAACGGCAUAAGCCUGUAAAUGUGUACAGCUAGCGUAAAUGGUGGUAAUAUUUAAUUUGCCAUUUGGCUAGUAUUUGAGAUGUGGUCUGGAACUGACUGGGUGGUUUGGCUCAAAAUCCAGUUGAUAUUUUAAGUUUUCAAACACUGUUUUAUAGAUGUCUGUAAUAUUUAUUGUUUAGUGGGAAUCAUUAUGCUGACCCGGUUGAUUGAACAGUGGACAUACCUUGUCCUGUAACAUUUGCACAGGAAAUAUUAAGUGCUUAUGGGAUGUAAUUUAUUUAAAGGAAUCACACUGCCAAGUAUGAAGAGCCUAAAAGUUUUUUUUAAAUUCGACAACAAUCGGUAUCCUUUCUUUCAACAUUGGCAAUUCACCAAAUUGUCAUUUAUUAUUUUUUGGUUUCUUGAGACCUUCGCAUUUAUGUGCGUUAGGUGCAGCACUCGUUUUUACUAACUCUUAAUUAAUUAAGUUGUAUGUUUUGUGUUUUAUUUAAACACCACUUACAUGUACUUUAAACUCGUAAAUGCUAUUAUGUUCAUUUGUUGAACAAAGGGUUAUAAUAAAGCUAUUGCGGACAAACA